AUGUCCUUCUUCUCAGGACUAUGUGGGUGCUUCGCGAGAGACGAGCAGAAUGAGAAAUCACCCCACACUUCUUCAUCCCAAGAAAUUGUCUAUCGAAGACCAAACCACAACGGUCUUCAGACAGGAAGCUUCAUUCUGUCCACCGACGGCCAGUUCACCCACGCAGAGGGACCAGCUGGGGCCAACAGGCACGGACCCUCCCCCGCUGACUCGACGGACGGGGGCUAUUCCAGCGUGGUCCCGCUCCCGCAGUACACAGCCCGCCCCAUGAGCCUCCACGAGAAGACGCUCGAAUCUCACAUGCGCGAUCCAUCCGUUUCAUCCGAGACUCUCUCCUACCCACAGGAUGAAAAAGACCGUCAACUGUACGAUGAGGAAGUCACAUCUGACAGCUCCUCGGCGAUCUCAUUCCCAAGCAGCUUCGGCAAUACCUCUACUGCUACAAGAGAGACUCCACCCCCGCCUUAUUCCCCCCGACAUUCUGUGAUGCUGAGUCGAUCUCGAUCAAUGUCCAUCUCGUCUGCUAUGGCAGUCGUUAUCAACCCACCUCCCUCGGCUCGUUUGAAUGCCUCGCGGACUGGGCCCACUUACUCCGAGGAAGACAAUCGCUCUAUUCGUCGUCAUAGGCGGGUUUCUUGGGAGAGCCGGUGA